CUUUCCAGUCAGUCAAUUGAACGUUUUAAUUUAUAACAUGGAAAAUAUGAAAGAGUUUGUUAAAGCGACUGCUACUGAAAGGGGCUGCGAUGGAAAUGAAGCAUUUAAGGAGCUAUUCAGAGAAUACGUCUUUCAUCAUAGCUGUAUUAUGAGGUUCAUUGAAACAAUGCAGGUCACUUUUGGGGGGCAACUGUCAUCGAUGCUAUUUAUUAGCGCUUGUAUUAUUUGUUCAACUGCUGUCCAGAUCUUAGCUAUCGAGUCUCCUUUAGAUAAUUUGACAACCGUCGGCUGGAUAUUGGUAUAUCUGUCUCUUUGUAUUCUUAUACUGUUCGUGGAUUGCUAUUUUGGAAAUACCAUAACGGUUAAGUGUGCGUAUUUACCGACGGCAGUAUUCUCUAUUCCGUGGUUGGAUCAGCCAAAGAAUAUUCAAGUAAGCACUCUACUCUUCAUGGCGAAAACCCAACAACCCGUCCAGCUGAUAGCGGCGAAGCUAGUUCCUGUUUCACUCACUACAUUCACUCAGGUAAUGAACUGGACUUACAAAGGCUUCGCUCUAAUGAAUCAGAUGAAAAAAUGAAAAUUUAUUUGAUCACAUCCAAAUUACUUAGAAGCUCACAGAUUUAACUUAUAAAAGCAUUCGACUUUAGUUAAUAAAAUAAGUUGCACAGCUUUGUUCUUUCUUUUCCGG